AUGUCGACACUGGAGGAACUAGAAAACGAGCCAGAAUUGGAGAUCGACCAAGAGAUCCUGAACUCGUCGACGGGCGAUCUCGUCAACCGGACAAAAAUGAUGGAAAACGAGAUCCGUUUGUUUCGGUCUGAGCUUCUUCGUUUGCAACACGAGAAGAUCGCCAUGGUGCAAAAGAUCGAGGACAACAAGCUGAAAAUCAAGAAUAACAAGCAAUUACCGUACCUGGUUGGUAACGUGGUCGAAUUGCUGGACAUGGAGGCAGAGGCAGAGGCCAAUGAGGAGGGAGCCAACGUCGAUCUCGAUGCGGCCAGAGUGGGCAAAUCCGCCGUGAUCAAGACCUCUACUAGACAAACGGUGUUUUUGCCGCUCAUUGGACUUGUGGAGCCGGAGAAGUUGAAGCCAGGAGACCUGGUUGGUGUCAAUAAGGACUCGUACUUGAUUUUGGAUCAAUUGCCUGCAGAAUACGACUCCAGAGUCAAAGCGAUGGAGGUGGACGAAAAACCAACAGAGACAUACGCAGACAUUGGUGGUCUUGACAAGCAGGUGGAGGAAUUGGUGGAGGCCGUCGUGUUGCCAAUGCAGCAGGCCGAGAAGUUCAAGAACUUGGGUAUCAAGCCUCCGAAAGGUGCAUUGAUGUACGGUCCUCCAGGUACGGGUAAGACAUUGCUCGCCAGAGCCUGUGCCGCUCAAUCGAACGCUACAUUUUUGAAACUGGCUGCUCCUCAAUUGGUGCAGAUGUUCAUUGGUGACGGUGCCAAGCUUGUUCGUGAUGCUUUCGAACUGGCCAAAGAAAAAGCUCCAACCAUCAUCUUUAUCGACGAGUUGGACGCCAUUGGAACAAAGAGAUUCGACUCGGACAAGUCGGGAGAUAGAGAAGUGCAGAGAACCAUGUUGGAGUUGCUCAACCAGUUGGACGGUUUCGAUUCCGACGAUAGAGUCAAAGUGCUGGCCGCUACCAACAGAGUGGAUACGUUGGAUCCUGCUUUGCUGAGAUCUGGAAGACUGGAUAGAAAGAUCGAGUUCCCAUUGCCAUCCGAGGAGGCAAGAGCCCAGAUUCUACAGAUCCACGCCCGGAAGAUGACGUGCGACGAUAACGUGAACUGGCAAGAGCUUGCACGUUCUACAGACGAAUUCAACGGUGCGCAGUUGAAAGCUGUUACUGUGGAGGCGGGAAUGAUUGCAUUGAGAAACGGACAGUCUGUGAUAAAGCAUGAAGAUUUCGUGGAAGGAAUCAGCGAGGUGCAAGCCAGAAAGAACAAGUCUGUCUCGUUCUAUGCAUAA